CUGUGGAUGUUGGAGUGCUCCCGAACGCUCUAUCUCCUCCACGCCAGGGUCCCACCGAUCAUUCACCACGACAUCAAGGCCCAGAACAUCAUGAUUCACCCGGAGAGGAAGCAUACCCUGCUAGUUGAUUUCGGCAUUGCUCGAGUUUGC